AUGCAUCGCCACAUCUGCGCGUCAAAUAGACUGUUGAAUGUUCAUUUUGAGGCCGUGAUAGGAGGGCUUUCGGUUGCCAUAAUCAUGCAUGAGAGAAAUGUAGAGGAAGGGACUAUUGAGUGGUCCACGUGGUCAGCUGAUUCGGGCUCCCAUUCUCGAUCAUAUCAUCGCUAUGAAGAUGUUUACGUCAACGCCCCCUUCUGUGGCAAACUUGGGUUUAUUGCCCCGGAGUACCACAUUACAGAUAAAUGCACACUGAAGAAUGAUGUCUAUGCAUACGGGAAAAUGCUUCUCGAGCUCAUCUUGGGACAACCAAUUUACGAUUUCAGGGAGCUACUCAGUCGUGAAGCUUUCCGGCUGGAGGAUGGGCUUAGAAUACUUAUGAAUGAAGGUCAGCUAGGAAGGGUGAUCGAUUCCAAUUUGCAGGGGAAUUACGUGGAAGGAGCAGCAGAGCGGCUGGUACAAUUUGCAUUGUUGUGCACAUAUGAGGAUCCAUCUUUGCGACCAGAGAUGUCUGAAGAGGUUUGA